AUGGUGCAAGCGAGCCCGCCCACCCAGCGGCUCGACAUGCCCCGUGUCCGACAGCCGCAGACGAGGCUGGACCAACAUUCCUCCCCCGUUCGCCCUUCUCGUACGCGAAAGCGAAGGCGAGUAGGAAAAGAUAGCUCUGAGGAGGACAACGUGCCGGGGCCUUCGGGGAUCGUCGAAGAGGACGAGGGGAGCCAGAGCAGCGACGCCGGUGCGAUCCGCUUCGAAGCCCCAGUUGUCGAAAUCACUAGCAGCGAGAGCGAGAAGGAUGUCGCCCCUCGCCCUUCGAAUACACAGAAGGGGAAGAAGCGGGUACGAAGGGCGCAUAGUGACGAAUCGGCCUCGCCUGUCGUCUCAGACGCGGAAGGAGAGGGAAAGGGAGUGUACGUGCGCAAGGGAAAACGGGCAGCCAAAAAGAAAGCAGUGGCCGUGCUUGAUUCAGAUGAAGAGGAGGUACAACCUAGGAGGCGCAAACUUAUCAAGGGGGAGAGACCAUCUUCACCAGUCGUGGAGGAUGUCGACCUCUUAGACGAAGUCGAAGAAGAGAGAAUCAUCGAGUCGCGUCUGCGCACUCGAGACAAGCGGUCUGCUUUCCAGAAGAACUUGGAGAAGUUGAAGCGCAAGAAGCGCGGGGAAGCCGUCCUCUCGGAAUCGUCUGCCUCCGCAUCGGAAGAAGAGCCAAACAAAACAGCACCCUUCGCAGGUGCAAAACCUCACGCAGGCUCUGACGAUGAAAGCGAAGGCUCCGGAGACGGCGAGGCAGAAGACGACACAUUCAUCGUGGAGGACGACUUGGCCGCGGCAAUUGAGCUGCCCGCCGAGUUCAGCAUGAACACCUACCAAGACCUCCUGCACCACUUCAAGAUCAUCUGCCAGAUGUUCGUACACAUGGCCGUCCAUGACGAUGACGAGCGGAGCGAGGUCGCAACGCGUCUGCAGCAAAACGGAUACUUCUCUGUACCCUUGCAGAUUGCACGAAGAAAGCUGUCAGGGAUGCGGGAUUCCCUAGUAGCAGGAUCCACCUGGCGACCAAACUUCCGCAAAGCACUCGACACGUACCCCGAUCUCGAUGUACACGGCCUAGAGUUUACUGUGCUUGGGUGUGCCGCCUGUAAUCUCGGAGGCCGCAAGUCGACACUGCAGGGGCGGCUCAGCGGAGAACCGUAUGACAAGCUGACCUACCAGCCCAUCGCAGAGGAGGAGCCGAGUAGCGAUGAGGAGGACGAGUCCAAAAGACUUCCGAUGCAGUUCGACCUGGGGCGCUUCUGUGCGAAGAGGACGCGUACAUACCACCAGUUCACCCAUUGGGAGUACCACCUCUUCCACGCUCUCAGGGACGAAGUCGAGGGCCUGAAGGCCAAAGAGGAAGGGCGGAGCUUCGUCCGCGUUGCAUACGCCGCGGGCAAGCAGCCACCGCAGGACCUCACGGAUGCGGACGCGAUCAUGGACUGGCUGGACGAGCGGCAGGUUAUCAACCUGCAGUGGCACGAGAUAAAGACCAUGAUGGACUCCGCGCGGCAUUUGGAGGUCAAGGGGGGCAGAGGCGGGGAAUUCGACUCUGAUUGA